AUGAAGGCCAUGCCCGAUGUCAUCAACUGUGUCUCCCUUACUGCUCUUUUUCACUUCAUUAAUCUUGCAACUAGUCUCAAGGAUAAUAUCAUCCUCAUACAACCUGCUGAAGCCCAAACUUCUUCACCGCUGCCUGUGUUGUCUCCUGCAUUCAAUACCUUCUUCGCCGUAGCUUGCUCCAUCUCGCCAGCACAGGCCAAUCAUGCAUGGACACUCCUACGACAUCACAGGGGAUUUGCCAAAUACCUGCUCUAUCCCCCAAGUCAAUACUGCACUAAGCCCCACUGCCUGUGUCGAGGCAAAGGUAUGACACUUAAGAAGGCUGAGCAGCGGAAUGUUGUCCUUUUCACGCUUGCACAUGGCCCUUGUGCUGUGAGGUCUGUCCAGCUCUACUGUCAAGACUGCAACAUUGAUUACUGUCAUAACUAUACCGUAUUUGAGGGUAUGCAAACAUACUACGAUGAGCAACCGGAGACCAUACAGGUUACUGACCAUGUAUUCAUGGAGAAAAGUGUUGCUGAGUUGUUCAAGACCGCCAUGGAUGUCUCAUGGACUUCGGCAACUAACUGCGCACGGUUAUAUAACAUGUGUCUCUCGCAGGGUAAGCAAACACCAGAAGGCUAUCAUGUAAAGUUCGAGAUUACUGGCGACCAUGUGUGGGAUGCAUUCAUACUCACAGCACUGCUCGAAGACAGCAAGCACCGCAUGCAUUCCUCACUGUUCCUCAGACAGGCGAUCAGCGGGACUGGUUCACAAAAGCCAUGA